CCUUUCUUCUCGCGCGAAUCUCUUCAGAAAUCUCAAGUUUGUCUUCUGGUUGUCAACGUUCUUCAUAGCUCUCUAUAGUGAGUAUUAGAGACAAAACAAGGGUUAAAAUACAACUUCAUGCAGAGCAGAGAGACCACUACGGAGUCGGAUAUUUGAAGACAAGAAAUGGCCGGUGGAGGGGAUCUAAUGGACGGUGACCUGGAAGAUGGAGAGAUCUCCGGAUCUGGCUCGGAUACUGAGAUGGGAACAGCCCAGGUUCCUGCAGCUUUUAGCGGUCAGUCCUUCCACAACAGAGCCGCUGUCCAGCCUUCUGCCGCCUCGUACAGAAGUGGAAAUAAGCCGGUGUCCAGCGACAGUGACCAGGAUUCUUCGGACGAGGAUUCGGCCGUUUGGCGCCACAAACGCCUGAAAGCAUCCAGCGACGCCCAGCCGCCGCCUUCCAGCACCACCGCCACCCGACCAGAACCGACCCGAAUGGACGUGCCGAACGCUCCAGGAGGCCGAAAGGUGAACAACAUCUGGGGCUCUGUGGUGCAGGAGCAGUGCCAGGAUGCCGUGGCUGCAGAGCUGGGCAUAUUUGGCAUGGAAGGUGAAUUCAGCAUGUCCAGCAGGAAUGUAGAGACGUAUAACUUUGUCCUGGCCCGUAAGAUAAUGGACAAGGAGAGGGAGCUGGAGAAACUGGCGAAUAAAGACGGAGAGGUGAACAUGCUGGACACGGAGCUGGAGGACUACAUGAAGGAGCGAGGAUCAGAGGAGAAAUCGGGAGGAGAUACCAAGAGGAAGAGAUCGGCGAAAGAGAGAAUCGGCCCCCGAGCUGAAAUGGACACUAAGGGUCGAUAUGUAGUCACAGAAGACGACCUUGAGGAGAGGGUGACGGAUGAGAUAGCGUACAGGCUGCGGGAGCCUAAAAAAGACCUAAUCGAGCGCAUCGUUAAAGUCAUCGGGAAUAAAAAGGCCAUCGAACUGCUGGGAGAGACCGCCACGCUGGAGGAAAAUGGCGGCGUGUUCACGAUGGACGGCAGCAGGCGAAGGACGCCCGGCGGGGUUUAUCUCUACCUCCUGAAGAACACACCGAGCAUCAGCAAGGGCCAGAUCAAGAAGAUCUUCUUUGAGGAACAACACAACGACUGCAAGAGCAAGAAGGCGGCGCAGAAGAGGAGGAGGAACAUGGUGGCGAAGAAGAUGAAGCAGGCCAUCGGCACGCUGAACCUGCAGGAGCACGACGAUGUCUCCAGGGAAACGUUCGCCAGUGAUACUAACGAGGCUUUGGAGUCACUGGAGGACGCUGGAGAAGAAGAGGAAGGUCAGGAGGAAAGCGCUUCGGGCAUCGAGGACACGGCGGUGGUCUACAACGCUGCAGAUCUGGAGGUCUUCUGAGUGAUGUAUGAACUCUGGGAGGUUUUGAGCAAGGACACUUAGGAUGACAACACAAUACUAAAAGUGCUGUCUGCUGAAUCUUAACACCUGAGUGAUCUUUGUUUCGCUUCUACAUUCAGACGAGAGCUUAUGUUAACGUCAUAGAUUUCACUUAAACACAGAAUGACCUGCCGUAUGAACUCUGGCAGGUUUUCAACAUGAACAUUUAGGAUGACAACACAAUACUAAAAGUGCUGUCUGCUGACUGAUUUCACAUAAACACAGAAGGACACAAGACAGGGGCUAAAAGAGAGACACACACACACACACACACAGUCUGAACUCUGGGAGUUUUCAACAAAAACAUGUAGGAAUUAAAAUAACAACACAUCAAUAAAAGUACAGAAUCCAAACUGAUCCUUUUUGUUGCUUUUACCUUCGAAGGAGAGCUAAUGUUAACGUCAUGGAUUGAUCGUUUUCAGCACUUAAAGUGUGAUUUGUGAUUUGUGAUAUAAAUGUCAUUGUUCAUUUUUCAAAACGUCCCUUUUUUUUGUUGAAGCAUUGUUGGAGAAACAGUAAAGCUCUUCUGUUUAUGUUCUAUCAUAGUAUCUGUCUUUGUUUAUGCAUUUAAUUCAGAUAUAAGGGGUCUGGAUUUACUAAAUUAAUUUGUGUGGAAUAUGAAUAAAGCUGACUCGGGUUAAAUGAAUUAAAACAUGAA